ACAAGCCGAUCAGCUGAUCUGACCUGGCAACAACAUUCACCCGAAUCUACCGGGGAGUGGAAUCGUUUUACAAGCUGGUGGGGAAAAACAGUUAUCUUGACAUUAACUGGCUUAUUAAUUUGUGUUUAUUAAAGAGUCGUUGUCGUGUGCGAUGUUUCAGGGAAUUCAGCGGCUUAUUUGAUGAAGACUGCGGUGCGAUUCUGGCUCGAAAUCAGCUUGUUUUGUUCGGUCAAAGCUGUGUUGAUCAAUGUGUUGUUGGGUGAACAUACUUUAAGGACAGUCUGUACGAUACUAAAUAAUAAUUAAUUCAGCUGCAGAAAUCAUAUUUCUAACCCCCUAGUAUCUGUUGUCUCUGAAAUUGGAUGAUAUUUUAUAGACGUAUGCUAAUCUUAGUUAGCUUGAGUAACAAAAGCCCUGGACGAUAACAAUACUCGAAUGUAGCUGCAUGUUUUAUUAGUGUUUACGUCUGUCAAUAAAUACAUUUCGAUUGUAGUUUGUGACUUUAGACACUUUAGACUGCUUGGUCACUUUUACAUCAGCCAGAAAGCUAGACUUAAGUCUGACUUAGUGCCAGUGCUAUACGGAUGUCAACUGAUCUAUUUAUAGUUCAUAUUGAAUAUUUGAUUUUAAGCCAGUGUCAUAAUUUGACAACACAUUUAGAAUUCCAAUGAAAUUCAAGGCAAACGAGUAAGAUAUUUCGUUUAAGAAGAACUCAAAUGCAUCAUUCAUCACAUCCCUUGUUGAUUUAGCUUGGUCUCUGCUGUAAGUUAGUUGGUACAACUUUCUGAGGGAUAACCAGUCGGUAUAAUUACAGAGAGCUUUUAGUACUUUAAACUCGGUUGUUUCAUUUCGGUGUGCUACCUCGCUAUUAUAUUUAAGUUAGACGUAUAAUAAUGAGUGGUCAGGGCUCUCCAGCGGAGAAGGGGUUGAACGGUGUCCUGGUUUGUCAGGAGAGUUACGCCUGCGGUGGUUCUGACGAGGCCGCCUUCGAGUGCGAUGAAUGCGGCAGCUUGCAGUGUAUGCGCUGCGAGCUGGAGCUCCACCGCCAGGAGCGCAUGAGGAACCACGACAGGAUCCGAAUCGCACCUGGCCACGUACCCUACUGCGAUGCAUGUAAAGGAGACGGUGGGAUUCCGAACGGGGGUCGGCUGAGAGCAGUGGUCCGCUGUCAGGGAUGUAAAAUCAACCUGUGUUUGGACUGUCAAAAGCGGACUCACAGCGGGGUCAGUAAAAGAAAGCACCCUAUCACUGCCUACCCUCCCUGUAAACCCGCGGAGAAGAACUGCAGCACUGGGGAUGAACAGCUGGAUGCGUUGAAAGCUAAACUGGAGAAAGUCAUCAGCUUUCUUCUGGUGGAUGAAAAGGAAGACAUGCAGCUGAAGGAUGAGGAGGAGUUUGUGAGGAAAUUAGGCUGCAGGGCUGAGGAGCUCUUGAAGGUGGUGUCCAUUUUCGGCAAUACUGGAGAGGGCAAAUCCCACACCCUCAAUCACACUUUCUUUCUGGGUCGUGAAGUGUUCCAGACAUCCCCAACCCAGGAAUCCUGCACCGUUGGGGUGUGGGCAGCAAUGGACCCUGUUCAUAAAGUGGUGGUUGUUGACACAGAGGGACUCCUGGGAGCAGGAGCUAACCAAGGACAGCGAACCCGCCUCCUCCUGAAGGUGCUUGCAGUGUCUGACCUGGUCAUCUAUCGGACACAUGCUGACCGGCUCCAUGAUGAUCUUUUCAAGUUUCUCGGGGAUGCGUCAGAUGCGUAUCUAAAGCAUUUUACGAAGGAGCUGAAAGCUACGACUGCCCGCUGUGGUUUGGAUGUGCCCCUUUCGACUCUGGGUCCUGCUGUUAUAAUCUUUCAUGAGACAGUCCACACCAAGUUAUUAGGCUCAGAUAAGCCAUCAGAAUCAGCCGAGCGGCUUCUUCAGGAACGUUUCAGAAAGCUUGGACUCUUUCCGGAAGCAUUCAGCUCUAUUCAGUACCGGGGCACCCGCACCCACAACCCCCCGACUGACUUCAGCGGGCUGCUGCGUAGCGUGGAGCAGCAGUUAGACAACAACACUACACGAUCUCCACGGUCUGCCGGUGUCAUCUACAAGGCCUUGCAGGCUUUGAGUGAAUGCUUCAGUGGAGACAUUCCUGAUGAGCAUCUGGCAAGCAACUCUUUCUUUCCAGAUGAAUACUUUACCUGCUCUAGCAUCUGCCUCAGCUGUGGCUCAGGCUGUAAAAACAGCAUGAAUCACCUACGAGAGGGUGUGGCGCAUGAGGCUAAACACCGUUGCCGCUAUUCAGCCCACUACGAUAAUCGCAUCUACACCUGCAAGGCUUGUUAUGAGAGUGGCAAAGAGGUGAUUGUGGUUCCAAAGACGACGGCAUCCUCUGACUCUCCUUGGUUUGGUUUGGCCAUAUACGCCUGGUCCGGAUAUGUGAUUGAGUGUCCAAACUGCUCUGUGAUAUAUAGAAGUAGGCAAUACUGGUAUGGGAACCAGGACCCUGUUGAUACAGUGGUUCGGACUGAGAUCCAACAUGUCUGGCCAGGGUCUGAUGGAUUCCUGAAGGAUAACAACAAUGCUGCGCAGAGGCUGCUGGAUGGUGUGAACUAUAUGGCUCAGUCUGUUUCAGAGCUAAGCGUCAAGCCUGCCAAAGCCGUCACCGCCUGGUUAACAGACCAGAUUGCUCCUACUUACUGGAAGCCCAAUUCUCUCAUCCUUAGAUGUAAUAAAUGUGGAGAGGGAUUCCAGGAUAAUGAUACAAAGCACCACUGUCGGGCCUGUGGAGAAGGUUUCUGUGAUGGUUGCUCCUCUAAAACACGACCAGUCCCUGAGAGAGGCUGGGGCCUGGCACCUGUGCGGGUCUGUGAUGCCUGCUUUAAAGACAGAGGCAUCCCAGAGGAACUGUUGGAUGCAGCGCUGGAAGAGGAAGAAGGUGGGACUCUGAUUGCCAGGAAGGUGGGAGAAGCUGUUCAGAACACAUUAGGAGCGGUAGUCACUGCCAUAGACAUCCCUCUUGGUCUGGUGAAAGAUGCCGCCCGUCCAGCAUAUUGGGUCCCUGACCAAGACAUCCAUUGUUGCUCCCAGUGCCAGCGCGAGUUUAACGCCCGUCUCUCUAUCCAUCACUGCCGUGCAUGUGGACAAGGAGUAUGUAACGACUGCUCCCCUGAUCGCCGGGCCGUGCCCUCCAGGGGUUGGGACCAUCCUGUGCGGGUGUGCGUCACCUGCAACCAAAAAUCUGGAGAGCUCUAGCAAAACGGGGACAUCUCUCCGCAUUAUAAGACACCCCCAUAUGUGGCCACAGUGCUUCAGUACAGGUUGGGAAGGAAGAAGUGCUACUCUCAAACCGAUAAAUCCUAUUGGUUGUUGAAAACAAGAGGAACAUCUCUGCGUUUUAUCCCAACAUUUCAUUCACGUCAUGCUCUUCAACUCUACAUGAGCUGUUCACAGUUCAACAUAUGUAUUAGCCUAUGUAUUUUCUUCUUUCAGAGGUUAAAUCCAUCAGGAAAAUAAAUGUAUCUCAGACCUUUUGACAAUCCUUUGUCUACCAUGCAAUACGUUACCUGUGGGCAGGCCCAGGUGGAACAAAAGUUUUUCAGGAAAACCUGCAGAAUGGGCUUAAAUGUCAUAGAAAGUGUUAAAUGUGCAAGAUAUGAAUUAUGGACGUUCGAAUUCUAUGGCUGCAGAUCCGUAUGGACCCUCCUGUGGUUAAAGGCAGCUAACAUAAGGCCUCUACAGGAGACAUUAGACUGGUGCACAACUAUUAGUAAUAUUAUUUACCGUACUGUGAUGCUCAAUUUUCAGUUUUACUAAACAUUUACCCCGUCAAUUUGCUUUUAAAAUACAAAAUUGUCCAUAUUGUUUUGCAUUCCUUUACCCUCAAAAAAAGUGUACAUUUUAGAUUAAUUACUCUUUUAAUUAUUUGCUGCCUUGUAUGAAUCUGAUCUCACAUGAUCAUGGUAAACUAUCUGAUAUUGUUCAGCAUAAUUUAAAUUUCUUAUUUAUCAUUUAUUUUAAAUGUGUGUACUCGAGGAGGAAGUUUUUUUUUUUUUUUUAAGUUUUAAAAGAAUCACUACCACGGUUGCCGAAUCAAACUGCAUAGUUACUCUUAACACAAAGCCGUGAUGAAACUGCACAAAUGAUGUGGCUCUGCAUUAUCUGUCAAGAGAUGCCAAUUCUCAUAAAUCUCAUGCAAUUAUAUGGUGGUUGCUCUUAUUUAGCCCCUGGUAUGCGUUAUGAUCGCCGUCAGUAAAAUGGUUUUCUUGGCCAAUCGAACACUCAUUAUGUAGAAUAAGGUUAUUAUAGACUCCGUGAGGCAUGUGUGGAUGAUUGACCAUGACUGACACAGACAUAAGAAACAUGAAUAUCAUUUUAUAUUCUUUCCACCUUGUAUGCUAAUUAAAUUAAACUUGAGUACCUCUAAGAGUGUGGCUUACAUACAGUAUAAAAAUGAGUAAGUGCUGUCCUUAUAGUGAUUGAAGUGACAGUUCACCUAGAAAUUGUGUCAUUUACUCACCCUCAUGUUGAUACAAUUCAAAACAGUAUGACUUUUUUCUUCUAUAGAUUUUUUCUUUUUUUUGGCCUAAUAACUGAAAGUCAAUGGGGUUUUGAUUGAACAAAAACAGAUAAAUUCAUGUUGAGAUUCAAACUACAGAAAAACAAACUUUGGAUUUAUUCAGAACAAUUUCCCUCAUAUUUUUACAAAAAAGUCCCAGCAUAAUUCAAGUAAAAUCCUUUUUUUUUUUCCAUAAACAAUGAAAUUGCACUUUUAGGAGGUAUGUUUCAAGUGGCUAUAUGGGACUAUAUUUUUUUUUUUUCGAAUCAAUAUAUUACUUUUAAAAAAGGCAGAUGGUAUAAAUGGCAACAUUUUUGGCCAGUAAAA